UAUAUAUUAACUGUAUAUGAAGGUAAAUGUUUUGUGGAUAAUACUUGUUCCAAGGUUUUAAAUUGUUCAUUAAGUUAUGGAUCAGGAAAAAGAGUUUUACAGAUCACUACCUCCAGUAGACUACUCUUUGGCAGAUGCAGUAGCGACAGACGUCAUUUACAAACUAUUCAUCCACCCGGAACAAGAAGUCGGAACGAUUCUGACAGAAGAAAAUGUGGCUAGCACAAACCUGGAUAAAACCAUACCGACAGUACUACUUAUCCAUGGAUGGACAAGUAACGACAACUCACCGUGGUACCGACCAUUGAGGGAUAGUUUUUUUAGGUUAGGUCCGCACAAUGUGAUUUAUGUCGAUUGGUCGAUAGCUGGGAAUAAGAGUUAUGACGUUUCCAGUGCGAACACCAACCCUAUAGGAAAGUAUAUGGCAAAGUUUCUUCUUGCUUCUGGAAUACCUCUGGAAAAUAUUCAUGUCAUUGGUCAUUCCUUGGGAUCUCAAACAUCUGCUUUCAUCGGCAAAUACAUUUUGGAAUUUAGCGGAAAGAAACUAGGCAGAAUCACGGCUCUUGACCCAGCUGGUCCAAAAUUCGAGCACCCACUUGUUCCUCCCGAUUUAAGACUUUGUAAAAAUGAUGCCGAAUUGGUUGAUGUCAUCCACACCGAUAUACAACUCUAUGGAUUCACCGCCCCAAUAGGACAUGUAGACUUCUAUCCGAACGAGGGUAAACAUCAAAUUGGAUGUCCCCGAAGAGACAAGGCAUCAGAAGAAGAAGUUAAUUGUUCACAUGCUAGAUCGACUCAUUACUUUAUUGAAUCUUUGUUAACAAAAUCGAAAGCUUGGGAGGCAGUCUACGAAGAAAAAGAUUAUGAAGUUACAGUAAGAGUAAAAGAAGAAUCAAGGGAAGUUACUUUUGGUCAUCAUGUUGAAAAAUCUGCUAGAGGGGUGUAUUAUUUUGAAACCAAUGCUGCACAUCCGUUUUUGAAAGUGGAACAAAAUAUAUUAGACAGAACAGCGUGAAGUGAAAUUAGUUUUAAUUUAUUGUCUAUAUAACUCAGGAUUGCUCAAUUUAUAUUGGUUUGGGUACUACUAUAAUAUAUAUUUGAUAAUUUAUUAAAUUAUUUCAAAUCUG